UAGAGAUGAGAUAAUAAUAGACGGCCAGAAAUCAACACGCUUGUGUCGUCCUCCUCGAGCGGCGUCUUGUGUGCGUUUGUGGGCGCCGCCAUUUCUCUUCCCAGGGUGGAGUGAUGUCGUCCAAGCCCUCGGAGGUCGGGCCUCCAGCCCCCCACAAGCCUCUGUUCGGGGACUGCUGGAGCUGCCGCCUCCUGAGCGGGCUGGGGCUGAUGGCCGCCAGUGUCUGGGUCUUUAUGGGGCCUCGCAGGGUCAUGCGGCAGAGGAUCCCGCCCAAUAUGUGGCACAUCACCCAGAUGACCUUCGCCGUGGGUCUUUUCGCUUGGGGUGCUGUAGUGAUUGCAGACCCGGUUGGGAGACAGAUACGAAAAGAGUGAGUGGCAUCACCUUACUGUCAGGGUCACUCACGUCUCUCUAUAUGGCAUGGCUUUAACCCACCUCCAGGUAAACUGUAAGAAGCUGGAAAGAAGAAAUCCCGGAGAUUAAUGGCAAUGGUGGCAGCGUAACCUAAGAGAAGCAGCCAGGAUGGCAUCUUUGUCUCAAUUCAAAUUGACCGUUGUGCUUUCUUGUUUCCAUACACCCAAAGUUAUGAUGCUUGCCCCACAUGGAAAGUAGAGUCUACGUUCCUCUGAAUUAAAAAAAAAACCUUCCUGUACCAGAAUCCAACUUUGUUCAAAAUAAAACAAACUCAGUUUAUGAGGCAUAAACAGCA